GCUGAAGUUGUGUGGCGGUUAUGAGAUUUUAAGUUUUUAGGAUAUGUGUGAGCGUUACGAAGUUGAUGAGUUUUGUACGUAGUUUUUUUUGUUUAUCAAACCCUAAAGAAGCUUGUAUAUUAAACCAGCGGAAGUCUCGGAGCUAACACUAGUUGGUUGUUUGCAGUGCAACCUUAGAACUUCACAAAUCUGCCUUCUUCGAUAUUCGUGAAAAUGGAUGUAGCCACACUGAGAGAUGAAUUGGACAAAGCUAUAAGAGAUAACAAUUUGGGAAUUGAGGAAUAUGAACUUGAGCACCAGGAACAGAAAAGGCUUCUUGAAAAAUGGAUGAGAGAAGCUGAGCGCUGGUUAAGAGGAAAGAAGUCUUUCAAUGCUGCUGACCUGAUGAAACGUCCAUUGUCAAGUGUGUUGGCUGAUGAAUCAAAGCAUGUACCUCUCCGGUCAUCAAGGUCAGCAGCAAAGGCUGCAGCUACAAAAAUUCGGAGUGCUGUAGAAGCAGAAAGUGAAGGAAACAGUAAGAAGAGAAGAUGCAUUGUAAAGAUAGAACGAAUAAGUGCACCUCAGUCGGUUUUGGAUAUAAUUGUUGAAGAACAGGAGACAAAUAACAUAUCACCCAAUGUGGCAGACACACUUGUGAAGCUUGAAGUUGCCAGUGCUACAGUGAAUGAUAAACCACAUUUAGAUUGUCAGAAAACUAUUAGCAAAGACAAUAACGGAGACUCCCCAUCUUCUGAUCACCAAUCCCCUUUCCAGCGAGGUGUUGUAGCAAACUCAACUUUUGUUCUUGAUGUUGUCCAACCAGAAACAGUGAAGUGUCUCUUACCAGAAGUUAGUGAUAAACCAAACAGAGACUGUGAAAAUUCACCAAUAGAAACUGUACAAAACAAAAGUGGCACUGAACUACAUAGUACUUUUGUAAUAUCUACAGGAAAUGCAGAUGCUGUUUCUGACAAGCUGGAAGAGUAUAAACAGUUGAAUGCAUUAACAAAGACUCCUGAAAAACAGAUGGUAAACUUGAACGACAAUAAGACUAAAAAAAGUGGAUCAAAGGUGCCAGUUGGGAAAGGUGUGACAGAGAAUGAAGCAGCUUAUUCUAAUCUACAGAAAUUAAUAAUUGAAUCACCUGUUCGAGUUACGCGAACAAAAACACGUGCCUUUGCCCAGGCUGUUGCAGCUGCUGCUGCUACUACAAACAGCAGAGAAAAUGGCCAGGAGCCUGUCACAAAGCUAUUCCUACCAGAAAAUGUUUCCAGCAUUAAAUAUUCCAAGAAGAAAGUAAAAAUCACCAACAAGAAAGAGGUUAGUGCGAUUUCAAAUUGCUUAAUGAGCCCAACAUUUCAAAAGAAUUCUAACAAGACAACUGAAGACAACAUGAAAGAGAACAUCUUAGCUGAAAAGGCAAUGAAGGAGAGUGCCAUAAAGGAUCUCAACAGUGCCCCUAGACUGAAGACUCCGCUCUCUGCAAAUAACACACUUUCUUCCAACAGCUUUCAGAGUUCCAAAAUGGGUAUGGGAACAGUGGUUUCGCAUUGUGAGACGUUUAUUACAAAGAAUGUUACAAAACCGGCAUUGAACCAUAUGAAUCAGAAAUUGAUUGAGGAGAAUAAAUAUGUUGAAGAAAAAGUUACUGAAGCAGAAAAGAAAAAAGAGAGAAUGUUGAAGGAAAAAGCUGAACAACAAAGGAGAAAUAAUGAGGCAAGAGCAGCUAAAGUUGCAAAAACACGAGAACAGCUUGAACGGCAGCGACUUAUUCAACAGCAGCAGUUGGAACGUGAGAAAGAGCAACGUCUAAAAAUAGCCCAGCAGAAACGUGAAGAAGAAAUUGCAUUAAAGCGACAGCUUGCACACCAACGAGCUGCAGAAGCUGAGGAGAGGCGGAAGCAGGAUGAAGAACAAUAUGUACAAGCCCUGAAGAAGAAAGAGCAAGAGGAAGCAGAAAAAAAAGCAUUACAGCUCAAGAAGGAGGCUGAAGAGCAGUUAAAAAUAAAGGAGGCUGAGAAAAAUAAGAAGGAAAUAAAAGUAAAACCUAAUGCGCCUGACAAAGUUGCAAAACUUAAACCAAAUGGUGUGUUUAGCACUAAUGACAUAUAUUCUGGGGAGGAAAGUGAAGAUGAAGAAGUCACUGUGAAAAAAGUGUAUCCUUCAUGGACAUCAGCUAACAGAGCCCGUGGUUUACAGCUAUCUAGUCAAGAACAAUGUCGACAACUCAUAGCUCAGUUUUUCCAGUUUAAACCACAUACACCAGAUCUUAUUAAAAUAUUUGGAACUGUUCCUGAAAAGACAUUAGUAAGAACAUCAAGUGCUGUGUGGCAUACUCCUCCAUGCAAUAAGACUUUUAAUUAGAAGUUUAGUGAAAUAGAACUUAGAUAUAUCAUGGACAAUUUCAUUAUUUAAUGUUUUACAGAAAUUGUGUAAUACAUUCACCUUUCAUAGAA